GCCGCCAGGUGGCAGCACCAGCAGUGUAAACACCUCCCAACACCAGCACGAGGUGCACUACGCAACGCUCGUCUCACACAGCUAUAAAUAUGAAGAUUGAAGAAGUAAAAAGUACGACCAAGACACAACGAAUCAACGCCCAUUCUCAUGUGAAGGGCUUAGGGUUGAAGGAAGAUGGCACAGCUGAGUCUUCUGCCGCGGGCCUUGUUGGGCAGGCCCAGGCAAGAGAGGCAGCAGGUUACCUUGUUGACUUGAUUCGCACGAAAAGAAUGUCUGGUCGGGCAGCCCUGUUUGCUGGCCCUCCGGGAACAGGCAAAACUGCUAUUGCUCUUGCACUUGCACAGGAACUAGGCAAUAAGGUACCAUUCUGUCCAAUGGUUGGGUCAGAAGUGUACAGCUCGGAAGUCAAGAAGACAGAAGUGUUGAUGGAGAACUUUCGCCGUGCCAUUGGUCUCCGAAUUAAGGAGGUUAAAGAAGUUUAUGAAGGAGAAGUUACAGAACUCACACCUGUUGAGACAGAAAAUCCAAUGGGAGGUUAUGGCAAAACUGUGAGUCAUGUAAUAAUUGGCUUGAGAACAGCCAAGGGAACAAAGCAAUUGAAGCUAGAUCCAAGUAUAUAUGAAACACUUCAAAAAGAGCGUGUAGAAGUUGGGGAUGUUAUAUAUGUAGAAGCUAAUUCUGGGGCUGUAAAGAGGCAAGGACGUUCCGAUACGUACGCAACAGAGUUUGACCUUGAGGCAGAAGAGUAUGUGCCCCUACCUAAAGGUGAUGUGCACAAGAAGAAGGAGGUGAUUCAGGAUGUGACCCUUCACGACCUGGAUAUGGCCAAUGCACAGCCUCAGGGAGGUCAAGACAUACUCUCCAUGAUGUCACAACUUAUGAAGCCAAGGAAAACAGAAAUUACAGAAAAGCUACGAUUGGAGAUCAAUAAGGUUGUGGAUAAAUAUAUUGACCAAGGUAUAGCUGAGCUGGUACCUGGUGUGCUAUUCAUUGAUGAAGUACACAUGCUGGACAUAGAAUGCUUCACAUUCCUUCACCGUGCACUGGAGUCAAGAAUUGCACCUAUUGUCGUAUUUGCUACAAAUAGAGGACGUUGUGUAAUAAAGGGCACAGGUGAUGUUGUAUCAGCACAUGGAAUUCCACGAGAUCUGUUAGAUCGCUUAAUUAUUGUGCGUAUGAAGCCAUAUGGUCCAGAAGAAGUUGCCCAGAUUAUUCGAAUCAGAGCACAAACUGAAGGCAUAAAAAUUGAUAAUGAUGCACUGCAAGAACUAAGUUCAAUUGCUGAAAGGGCAUCACUGAGAUAUGCUGUGAGACUGUUGACACCAUCAAAUGUCAUGGCUCAGCAAAAUGAAAAUGAGUCUGUGACUGCAGAAGAUGUUAAAGAAGCAGCUGAUUUAUUCAUGGAUGCUAAAACAUCAGCACAGAUGUUGGCAGAAAAUGCUGAUAAAUUUAUGAAGUAAGAAAAGUUAUCCGAGGAGGCUUGUGCUUCUUUAAGCAUUAAAGGUGGUCGCAGUAUUGGAUCAUGACUAUGCUCUCGAAAGUAUGAGUGAAAGAAGGAUUUUUCUCUUGGGAGUGAAUUUGGAGGUUUCUUCUUCAAUACCGAGCAGAAUUGGGCGAGGAGGAAAGAGAUGGAUUGACUGUCUGCAGUAUAGCACUGAUAUGAGUACCUGGGUAUCUAUGGUAGUAAUAUCUCAAAGGCACAAGGAAACAAAGUUAUAAUAUAAUUAAGUUAUAUUAUAUUUGAGUUUUAAUACAAAUUUAAUAUAAUAACAAGGUAGCAAUUAUAAAUAACAAGUACUCUCAAUGAAAAAAUAGUUUCCCCAAUUGACUAUUAAUAAUGAAUCAGGAUUCUAAAUCAACUUCAUUAAUUUCAGUGUAAACUGAAUGCAAUAUUUUAUAAUACAUGUUAUUCUUCAAUGAAUGAAUUACUGUUAUUUCUAAUUAACAGCUUUGAAGUUAAAAUUAUAAUUAUAUAAUUUUAAAUCCUAGAAACAUUCAUAUUCUGUAUUCAUAUUUUUGUAUACAAGUAUACCAAAAUUAACUAUCAAGAAACUUUUUGCAUUAUGGACAGCUAUCUCCAAUCAAUCUUCAUGGCUACUAGGUCAGAAACCAUUGAUAGCCAUUAUUAGAUGAAGUUGAGUAUAGUUUUUGUUGUGCAGAUAUAUUGUUUUUAAUUAGAACUUCAUUUGGUACAAAAUUUUAUGAAUUAUUUUUUUGGAUAAACCAAAUUGUAAUCAAGACUAGAUGUAUCUUUACCAUCAGAUUAUUCAAGCUAGGAUGAAAAUAAAUUGUUACAAUAGACAAUACAUACGGUAAAGAUCAAUAUUCAAAUUACUUUUCCAACUACCCAGAGGCUACAAGAUACAUAUUAAGAUAGAUACAAUUCAUCUACCCAUCUUAUAUUUGUGUAUACAUUAUGUACAAAUCACAGAUUCAUACCCAAAGCGGGUUUCAAGAAUUGUUCUACUCCCCGGGCUAGGCUCGACCUCGGUGAUUACGCAUUACUUUCUGUGGCUUUAUCUGUAGGCUUAUCUCUACUACUAGAUGCACUAUUAGUAGACUGCGUAUCACUGUCUGUUGUUGAUGAAGCCCAAUCACCUCUGAAGAAAACCCGAGCACUGCUUACGCUCAAGUAUAGCAACUCAAAUUCUUGCUGAUACUGCUGCAAUCGAGACAAUGUGAGAGCCAGCGUCUGCUGUAAUUUGUCAUCCACACCAUUCCCAGAUUGGCGCUGUUGUUCAACCUGAAAUAUUUUAUGCCAAAUUAUAUUUUGAGUUCUAAAUAAAAUUUCUCAAACUUC